AUGAAGGGGUGGUUCGAUGCUUUCCGCGAGGAAGGCGGACCGACCCUGUACGCGUAUCACAAUCGCACGGCGGUGGCUGCUGAUGUACCGGCGCUAGCGCUUCUACUCGCCGCGUUGACGCUCUACCUGGCAUUUCUAACGAUCUUCCCCGGGAUCAGGAAAGAGAGAUUUUCCACGUUCACAAUAGUCACGCUCAGCCUUUUUGUGGGCACCGUAAUUCUUGUGUGCAAGCACGGUUCGUCGUGGCACGUUGCAGGCGCACGCGUGGCCCGCGCCGCCUACCGCGCCUUCUCAGCCGAGCGCCUCGAUUGCUGGCUGGCUAUCCAUGUUGGGUUAGGGCACGUUAAUGUCACCCUUACAGCGCUAUCAUGGGGCAACACGUCAACCAGCGAUCCCGGAGUAGACUACAAUGAACAGUUCCGCUGGGAAGAAGCUGGCGCUAUUCAAGAAUGGUAUCGGAAAGGUCUGAUACGAGGCUUGCCAUACCCUCUUCUAUCCGUAGCGGAACAUUUUGCUGCCGAACACGAAGGUUUUGAAUGGGGCGCAAAAUAUCGCGCUGCGGGUUACACAACAUCUACUUUACUCUGGACAGCCUUGGCGCUAUGGCUGCUAAUGAAUCUACUUCUGGUAGUGGUACCAAGGUAUGGUGCCUACGCGAUGGCAUCCGUCGGAGUGACGCUGUGCGCCGCAGCCGGAGGCUAUUGGGCCUCGUUACCUCAUGUUCCCCUGGUUGUUAGACUCGAUGGGUCUAUGCUAUUCUUCUCUCUGGGCUGGUGUUUCUACUUAGUGCUCGUUGCAGGUUGCUUAUGCUUCGUGGUGGGACUGGUGAUAGCCACGCUAGAUUUGGUGUGGCCGCACCGAUUCUCCACCGUCCUAGAAGUGGAUUACGACACGCCAUACGACCGGCACGUACUGAUCGUAGACAGUCGAAGAAGAGCACGGCCGCAAGCACAAAGCUCGUUACCUAGCAGAAUUCUAAGGAGGCUCUCAUCAAAAACUCGUGACUCGGAACGCCAAGUAUCGAUGUCAAUAGUGAACGAGAACGGCGAACGCGGCCGCGACAACCCGGCCUACCAGCACGAGCCGCGUAAACCAAACUCGCCAUGGCGGUACCCGCUCUUCAGGAGGCAAAUCGAUCGAGUUGAUUCCGCAUCCAGUCUAGGAUCAAGCAUCAAUGGCAAUAAUUCCGGUAUCAAAAUGUCGCCUUUGCCUGGAAGCCCUAGUUCCAUCGGUAUUUCUCCUCAUAGGUAUCGACCUCAGUUACCGGCAACAGAACGAGUCAAGGACAUGUGGUGA